AUGACGGAUGCUAAGAAGAAGACCAUCAAGAAGCGCACCAAGACCAGGAGCAAAAAGGUGGUGCUGGUGAAACCGAAGGAAGAACCCAAGACUGACAACUACAGCUUCGUGAACCUCAGGCGCGUCAGCGUGCCCGCGAACCGUCUGACGCCGCUGCGUAACAACUGGGAAGCUAUUGUGCGCACCGUGGUCGAGCACCUGAAGCUGCAGAUCCGCAUGUGCACGAAGACCAAGGUGGUUGAGGUCCGACCUGCUUCCGAGUCUACGGACCUGUCGUUGCUGCAGAAGGCGCAGGACUACCUGCGCGCGUUCAUGCUCGGCUUCGAGCUUAAGGACGCGGAGGCUCUGAUUCGUCUGGAGGACAUUUUCGUGGAGAGUUUCGAGGUGAAGGACGUCAAGCGCCUGAGCGGCGACCACCUCUCGCGCUGCAUCGGGCGCAUCUCCGGCAAGGACGGGAAGACGAAGCACGCAAUCGAGAACAUGACGCGCACGCGCGUUGUGCUGGCGAAUGACCGCAUCCACAUCAUGGGGAGCUUCAACAGCAUCAAGAUGGCGCGGCACUCGAUUUGCAGUUUGAUUCUGGGUAACCAACCAGGCAAGGUCUACAACAACCUGUGCAACGUAUCGAAGCGUCUGCGCGAGAAGAUCUGA